UCCUGUUGUACUCAGUAUUUAUUUUUUAGUUUCAGUGUUAAAAUUUGAUAGAUUAUUCUGUUUUUUUGUGGCUGACAAUUCGCGCACAUUAUACGCUGAAUUUUCCUCACAUUUAUGCAAGACUAUUUAUCCUUUACAUAUGAAGGUCGUUGCUUUGAUCAGUGGAGGAAAGGACAGUUGCUACAACAUGAUGCAGUGUGUGGCUGAAGGUCACCAGAUUGUAGCCAUUGCAAACCUCAAACCAAAACACAAGGAUGAACUAGACAGCUACAUGUAUCAGACAGUCGGUCACCAUGCCAUCAACCUGUAUGCUGAGGCAAUGGGCCUGCCCCUGUACCGCCGAGAGAUUGAGGGCUCGUCUCAGGCAACUGGGCGAGAUUAUCAGCCCACACAUGAUGAUGAGGUGGAGGACUUGUAUGAACUGCUGAAAACUGUCAAGCAGGCUGAGCAAGAUGUUGAGGGUGUAGCAGUUGGGGCCAUCCUGUCCAACUACCAGCGAGUCAGGGUGGAAAACGUGUGUGGUCGUCUAGGGUUGACUGCGCUGGCAUUUCUAUGGCGACGUGACCAGGUCGAGCUGCUAGAAGAGAUGAUUCAGUGUCGCGUCAAUGCUGUCCUCAUCAAGGUCGCUGCCAUGGGUCUUUAUCCGAAAAAGCAUCUGGGCAAGUCACUUUCAGAAAUGCAAGAUUAUCUUCUCAAAAAGUCUACAGAGUUUGACCUUAAUGUAUGUGGAGAGGGUGGAGAAUUUGAGACUUUCACACUAGACUGCCCACUCUUCAACAAAGCCAUCGUUCUUGAUGAAGUAGAGACGGUGAUACACUCAGAUGACGCCUUUGCUCCUGUUGGUUACCUUAACAUUCGGAAGGCACAUCUUGAAGACAAGCCAUUGGACCCAAGUUCUUCACCUCAGAGCAGACUUGAGGGAUUGCCUAUGAAACGAAGCAGUGACCUAAUGCAGGAGAUGUUUCCGGGCCAAUCAGAGCUGUCAUGUGAUGAAUGUCAGAAGCUGCAAUCCUCACAUUCUGCUCCAAUAUGCGACAAACUGAGUGUAAGAUCCAUCCUACAGGUGGACAGCUCCUCUCAAACAUCGGGAAAUCACCUCUGGCUCACAAAUCUUAUAGCCUACAUAGACAAUGGCCCAGAUAUAGCCUCCCAGACCCAGACUCUUAUGGUCAACCUCCAGGACACACUGACUAGCCUGGAUGACCACUGGUCACUUGCUGACCUUGUCCUUGUGCACCUGUAUGUUCGGGACAUGGCAGACUUUGCAGCUGUAAAUGCUGUUUACAAGAAGUACUUUGGGCUUAAUCCUGCAGCCAGGGUUUGUGUUCAGACUGACCUGCCAGAUAAUGUUUCAUUAAUGAUGGAUUGCUAUGGAAACAGUAAUCAGAGUGAUCGUGACACCAUGCAUGUACAGGGGCUCUCCCACUGGGCUCCAGCAAACAUCGGCCCGUACAGCCAGUGUGUUAGGGUUCAGAAUAGACUGUAUGUAGCUGGUCAGAUAGGGAUGGUUCCCACAAGCCUGGCAAUGGUAGAGGGUGGGGUGAGGGCCCAGGCCCGCCUCUCCCUCAGGCAUGUUGCGAGGGUCCUGGCUGCCAUGGUAACUAACUAUCGUCUUGACAACCUGGUCACCUGUGUCUGCUAUUUGACACACUCCAGCUACAUAUCUGUGGCAAAGGAAGAACUGCAAGGAACUGCACCAGAGGGCGUAUGCUGUACUCCCUUGUAUGUGGUAGUCCCUGUGUUGCCCAAGUCUGCCCUCAUCGAGUGGCAGGUUGUGGCCCACAUUGAAGCUGGCGGUCACAAGACAACAGUUCAUAGGGAGAUGAAGACACGGGGUGCCCUGGAGUGUGUACUCACCUCCCACAAACUCCCACACACAGAGGAUGGACACCCGGGAAGCAUUUCCAUCACUGCACAUGUGUAUUCGAGAACCAAGUGUGAUUUGGAUCCAAAAGAAACAGUAGAUUUGUUACUGAGUUGUUGGAAAGCUGCAGUUCAAGACACCGAGAACCAGUCACUGUGUGAACCAUUCAUUGGUUCCAGGCGUGUGUUCUACCCUGCAUCUCUGUUUGCCUAUGAGCAGUUGUAUGAAGCUCUAAAAUCACACUUUGAAGAAGAGCCCUUCUCCUUAGUACCUGUGACUCAAUUGGAAACCUGCAAUCUUAUAUUGGCUCUAGCAACAUGAGGGUAUCCAUCAGCCCAGUUCAGAAGCAUUACUCUUACAAUAAACCAUGCAAUGUAUUUUCCAUGAAGUCAUCAGUAGUCUGACAGUCCAGUAUUUGGUCUGGGACUUGGUUUUUAUAGACUAACAAGUUGAUGGAUUUGAACUGAUGGUACUUACAAUACAUCAGAUUUGAAUAUGUCAAUACUCUAGCUCAUGUGUGCUUUGAAACGAUGGGAACACGCCAAUACUCUAGCUUAUGUGUGUCCAGCAACCAAGUGAAUAUGUCAAUACUGUAGCUCAUGUGUGUCCAUGAAAACAUGCCCUGAACAUAUUGUGGGUUAUGAAGGCUGGGCCUCAACAUGACAUGCUAUACAGGUCUAGCCUCAACAUAAAGUGCUAUACAGGCCUGGCCUCAACCUGACAUGACAUACUGGCCUGACCUCAACAUGACGUGCUGUACAAUCCUGGCCUCAACAUGACGCGCUAUACCGGCCUGGCCUCACCAUGACGGGCUAUUCCGGCCUGGCCUCAUCAUGAUACACUAUUCCGGCCUGGCCUCAACACUUUAUUUUAUUCCGGCUUGGCCUCAACAUGACUUGCAAAUACAGGCCUCAACAUGAUAUGCUAUACCACUUUGGCCUCAACAUGACAUGCUAUACCACUCUGGCCUCAACAUGACCUGCUAUACCGGCCUGGCCUCAACAUGACGUUCUAUACCGGCCUGGCCUCAACAUGACAUGCUAUACCGGCCUGGCCUCAACAUGACGCGCUACACUGGCCUGGCCUCAACAUGACGUGCUAUACCGGCCUGGCCUCAACAUGACGCGCUAUACCGGCCUGGUCUCAACAUGAUGCGCUAUACCGGCCUGGCCUCAACAUGACGCGCUAUACGGGCCUGGCCUCAACAUGACGCGCUAUACCGGCCUGGCCUCAACAUGACGUGCGAUACCGGCCUGGCCCCAACAUGAUGCGCUACACCGGCCUGACCUCAACAUGAUGCGCUACACCGGCCUGGCCUCAACAUGACGCGCUAUACCGGCCUGGCCUCAACAUGACGUGUGAUACCGGCCUGGCCCCAACAUAAUGCGCUACACCGGCCUGACCUCAACAUGAUGCGCUACACCGGCCUGGCCUCAACAUGACGUGCUAUACCGGCCUGGCCUCAACAUGAUGCGCUACACCGGCCUGGCCUCAACAUGACGUGCUAUACCGGCCUGGCCUCAACAUGAUGCGCUACACCGGCCUGGCCCCAACAUGAUGCGCUACACCGGCCUGACCUCAACAUGAUGCGCUACACCGGCCUGGCCUCAACAUGACGUGCUAUACCGGCCUGGCCUCAACAUGAUGCGCUACACCGGCCUGGCCUCAACAUGACGUGCUAUACCGGCCUGGCCUCAACAUGAUGCGCUACACCCGCCUGGCCUCAACAUGACGUGCUAUUCCGGCCUGGCCUCAACAUGACGUGCUAUACCGGCCUGGCCUCAACAUGACGCGCUACACCGGCCUGGCCUCAACAUGACGUGCGACACCGGCCUGGCCUCAACAUGAUGCGCUACACCGGCCUGGCCUCAACAUGAUACGCUACACCGGCCUGGCCUUGACAUGACGCGCUAUACAGGCCUGGCCUCAACAUGACGCGCUAUACCGGCCUGGCCUCAACAUGACGUGCUAUACCGGCCUGGCCUCAACAUGAUGCGCUACACUGGCCUGGCCUCAACAUGAAGUGCUAUACCGGCCUGGCCUCAACAUGAUCUGCAAUACAGGCCUCAGCAUGACAUGAUAUACAGACUUGGCCUCGACAUAACAUAUUACAUUCAUGCUGGCUGCAACAUGACAUGUGGUCAUCUUGUCAUGAAGUGUCAAUAUUGUUAUAUUUAUUGAUGAAGACUCCUUGUUUACUACCUAGUUGUGCUAUGCUUUGAUCGCACUUAACUUUUCUGUUUGUAAUUAAUAAAGAACAGGCUUUUGGUGCAAACUAUUGUUUUCCAAAUAUGUUUUUAGUCAGAACUUCAUGUGCACAUAUAUACUUGUGCCAUAUAGUAAAACAUUGUUUCAAGAAAUGAAAGUUGUAUCCUAUAAAAUUCCAAUAAAGCCUUAACUUCGA